UAAUGGAGAGAGAAAAACAGACCCUUUACCACCUUGACCAAGGCUGAGUCCUUACAUUUCUGGAUGAUGAUGUUUGUUAUUUAAGAGCCGGAGGUUGAUAGAUUUGGUUUGUUUGCAGGAGGUGCGAUGGCCUCCUUACUCUCACCAAGGCAACUUUUCUCUCGGGGGCGCUUCCAUCUUCUUACUCAGAGAGGCAUCUGAGGGGGGACAGUGGAGCUAACUGUAGACCAGGCGAGGGCACAGGCUGCUAGGGGUGACCCGCCCUUCCCCCAUGUAUAUACUGUAUCUGUGUAACAUUCUGUAUGUAUCGUACCUAGCGGAGGUUGCAACUGGCAUAUGAGGAAGAGGUUCUGAUAGUUAUUUGCAGCUGGGAAACUUAUUUAUUGCUAGCAUAGGAGCGAGGAAGGAGGCGGGGAUGGAGUCAUGGCUCCCCGGUGAUGGGACUCCUGUUUUCUUUGCUUUUUAUUAGGGAAUAAAUGGAUUUAGCUAUACUGCUCAGCCUGGUAUGUUCCCGUUUCCCUCAGUGGGUCCUGCAGUUUGUCCCAUUGAAAGACGAGCCCCAGAGUGUCUGAGCAUGCCCAGUUGGGCUGUUGGGAAUCUUCCAGGCCUGUUGCCUGGAUGCUGCCUGGUGACACCUGGUGGAUUUCACGGGGACUGCCAUGCUGCCUAAUGGGCACAGUGCAGCCCUGACAGCCAACAGGUUCAGAAGACUGAUCUAGCUGUGGCCGGGAAGACAACACCAGCACCCGAGGGCACUGACUUUCACCCACCCCGGGUGUCUUCCAUUCUGUCCCCCUGCUUCCCUCUCCUGUCUGCACCGGGUGGCCUGUCUGUCCCUCCAGAGUGCAGGCUGCCCCGCAGGCUCCCUCCAGGUUGAGUUCACCGUCCUGGCCCCUAGUGGCCAGAUCCGGCUUCACAGGAUAAGAACCAGCUAAGCUCCAGGGACUUUCUAGGAAAAGUGUCCCUUGGAAAGGGUGUGACCUUUUCACCUCUCCCAACAGCACCCUAAAAAUGGCUUGGACUUUUCCCUCCCCUGAGCUCCACAGACAACACAACCAGCAGAGGACACAUUCUCUGUCAUCCACAAAUGGGUUGGAGUCUCAGCUGAGGGACAGCAGGACUGGAAGACUGUCAGUCCACACAGCUGCCUGCACAGCACCGCCAUGCUUGCCCAGAAGGGUGGGAAGGAUGGCGGGGGCUGGUUGUCCACAGGCCGGGCAUGUCAGGGAGGCUCCCUGGAGGUGGUGUCCUUUUGAGGGGCAAUGUCAGGAGACAGCUUCCUCUUGUUGGGCCACAAGUCUCCACAAGGACAGCACGAGGACUGAUUCCCAGUGCUAGAGGCCAGGCAGUUGGCCAUGUGUGUGUGUGUGUGUGUGUGUGUGUGUGUGUAUGAGAAUUUAUUGCUAUUUAUAGAACAGGGCAGGGGCAUACCACAGAGAGGGCACAAGUUUUCAGCAUCGGUCAGAGCUGAAUAUUUCAGCUCACCACUACAACAGACUAAGUCACAGAUGAAGGGAGCUGGCUUUGGGGCUGGGGGAGCCACUGUGAAGUCACAGGGCACCCACCCAGGCAGGCUUGGAAAGGGAGGUCUCUGAGAAGAGGAGGAUCUGUUCAUCACUUCAGAGGUCAAAGGGGGACCUGGGGCUCUCAGGACGGGAUGGACUUGCCUGACCCAAUCAGCUGGCAUUGGAGAGAACGCAGAGAGAAAACAGGUUAGAGAAAAGCCAGAGCUGGUGAGGCAAGGGCAGAGCGUGGGUGCACCGUAGCAGCUGUGAGAGGGCUGGAAAGGGGAGGGUGUAAGUGUGGGCAUGGCAAGGUUCCUGGAAAAGAGAGGCUGGAAGGGAAAGGGGAGGAAGAUGGAGGGAGAAGCCAGAGCUUCAUAGGUAGUGCCCGGGGGCUGUGGCGGCCCUCCCCACCCCACACACGCUGACCUCUCUCAUGGCACCCAGGCAGUCCACCCACAGUUCAGACCAAUGCCAGACCCCAGGACUUCCCUCUUCUCUGGUCACCCUGUCUUCCAACCCACUGGGCCAGGGCCACCUCUUGCUUGGGGAGCCCCACCCAACAGCCACCAGGCCUGAUAGAGAAGGAACACUGCUUGAAACAAAAUGGUGAAACUAUAAGGGGAUGGCUGGCUGAAGUGAGCGCCAGAGGCCCCUCUGGGUAGUCAGAAAGCCCAGUGUCCUCUGAGGGACCCUGGGGAAGGCAAGGAGGACAGGUAGCUGGAUGCCACUGGACAUAGACUUAUAAGUCUAAGAGGGGAGCCUCAACUGGUAGGCAGGGGGCUGCAGGUUGCAUAGGUGAGGCUGGGCCCAUCCUGCUCAGAAAAGCAGAAGAGGAAGAGUCCGUGGCAGGACAGGCAGGUGGGCUCGCUAGGCGGCGCUCGGCUGGGCCAGCAGGCACUGUGGUCUCCUUGGCUGAAUAGCACAGGCGACCCCUAGGAGCAACAGGCCAAGGUGAGUGAGCCUGCUGGUCGGUAGUAGUGCUUCAGCGGGGGCCAGGGACCCUGCCUUCAGUCCACGCCAGCAGCUAUGAUGGUACCUGGGAGGGAGGGAAGGGGACUGUGUGUCCCUGCCUGGUCUGUGAAGUGUGUUGUGGGAUGACCGUGUGUAUGGGACUCUCAGGCUUUUAUCCUAGAUCACCACUGGAUUGCUGACAGAUAGAGGAUGUGGGAUCCUAACUAUCACCCUGAAUCUGCAGUGGAUUUGGCUCUCGGCACUCCCAGGCUGGGAGCUGGAUACCUGCGCUGGCAGCAUGAUUCAGACUGCAUGACAGAUCAAGAAACUGAGACUUACUGUCACAUUUCGGAUUAAGUUAAAAAGAAAAAAAGAAAAGAAAAGAAACUGUGGCUUAAAGCUGUCAAGUAUUUCAAAGCCAGCAAGUGGCUAAAUCAGAACUUGAACCCAGGCAGUCUAGCCCUGGGAUCCUGUGCCCUCACCCAGUAUCCAGUGUUGGCUACACAAAACUAAUGAGUACAUGUUUUCAACUAUAGUUUAAGGGGGUGACAAAUUUUUCACUAUAUUUUAUGUAGGUGACUUUCAAUUAGGGGGUAUUCUACUUACACAAUCUAUUGAGCUGGGUAUUAACUGAGAACAAACAGAAACUAAUAAACUCUGAAAACCAUAAAACAUGAGCAACAUGAUGUCACUGCAAACAUGAUGUCACUGCAAAAGACAAAACAGCACAUAGCCUUCUUGUGACUGUAUUUUGCUGACAGUCCACGAGCUAAUACUCAGCCUGAACUCAGCAGUGCUGUUCCCUCGGGAGACACAUACAAACACACGGACACACACACACACACACACACACACACGAGUUGGUGGUUUUGUGCCUCCCCGCCAAAACACACACACAUUGGCGGUUGUGCCGCCAGGAGCCUCCAGUCUGCCAGUGUGAGGAACGGACCAGAUGGGUCCAGUAGUGUUGGGUCAAGGCCAGGAGGGACAGCCGGAACCGCGUGCAUGCUCUGGACUCCUGCACCCGCCUAAAUGGCCAAUCGUUUUUAAGUUUGUGUUUAAGGAGAAACUAACAAUGAAAAAGGACUCCUUGAGGGAGGAAAAGUUGGAAUGCAGCCUCUGGUGCUGUUUGAGUGAUCCCUCUCCCCAGGGCCAGGCUGGCCGCUGCUGUGUUCUGGAAAGGCGCAUUGUACCCUGGAUGCUGCAGGAAUCCUAUUCAUCUUCUUCACCAAUAUGGUUUGUGGACUCUGAUGAGCCAAAUCUGACAUCAGUUCUGAAAUGCCUAGAAGACACUAGGAACAACAAUUUGGUAAGGAAAGAAGCCAAGCUAUUUUCUCUUUUCCUCAUAAACAUUAUAUUUAGAAAUUACAUGUUAAGAGAUAAUAUGAUUUUAAAAAAACAUGAGCAAUGACUAUAAUAUUAGAGGAAUUAAAGUCUGGGUAUUUUAAGUUCUCCAAAUCUUACUUACUACCCGGAUUCUCUUUAUUAUUUCCCACAUGUAUAACCAUAGUUUAGAUUAGGAAUUCAGGGUCUCUUUUUCCCUGAAUUCUAACCAUUAAGCCAAGCAAGCAUUUUGGAUAGUGACCACUAGCCAAGGUGGGAAGUAGAAAAAAGACCAAGGUGGAAGUGAAGGCAGAGAUGGGAGAAUGACACCAGAACU